AACAAGCCGACAUUGAUCAUGAAAUGUCAGUUUUUUCGCUUUUUAUAUCAUGCAUGAAAUAUUUGUUUACAUCUUAAGUUAAUUGCAAAAUAAGGAAAUUAAGCUCAUACCACUUUCUUUAGCUUCCCCGCAAAUGACAAGCAGUGGACACAAGAGUGUUUGAUAAAAUGUUUACCAAGAGUGUUUUUAUUCUUGCUGUCGUUUGCUUCGCUACAACAAUGGCUGAAAGGUAUGUUGGAAGAAAGAGUUCGUUUGUAUCAAGGCCUGUAGGUGCACCUGGCGGAAUAAUCCCUGGGGGUAUAGGGGAAUGUUUACCUUUUGAUCCUUUCCAUAGAGUUCUUGCCGAUUUUGCAGUUCAACAAAUGGGAAAUGGAUAUUCACUAAUAAACAUCCGAGGAGUACGAACUCAGGUUGUUUCCGGCAUAAUGUACCACAUGGAGCUCUUUGUUUUCCGAGUUACCAGUUUCGGAAACAUUUGUGAACAGUGUGAUGUGAAGGUUGUACACAGACCUUGGAUCGCAGGACAGGAAUUGACCCUACACAGCCAACAAUGUAAAGAAACAUGUUGUCCUUUUUAAUAAAGUGAAGAAGCGUAUUACUGUAUACUUUAAUCUGUGGUCUCGUCUCAUUUAGGCCAAUGUUUGAGAAAUUUGUUUUGUUAUUAUUUCACUGACCAUAUAUGUAUUAUGGACGACUGAAAACAAGAUUUACUUGUCGGGUUGUGUAAUACAACAAAAAGCUUUAAGGGGCAAUGAAUGUAAAUUGCGAAUAUCUUGUGUUUUCAAAGAGAGCUCUCUUGUUUCAAGGAAAUCACACCCUUCGCUGAUGGACAGGUUUUCCUGAAAUAAUUGCCAUUUUGUUGGUUUAUCUUCAAAAAUAAAAUAUUACAAACAAACUGAGGAAUAAAUUUAUAUUAAAAACUACCAAACUGCAUCUGUUAGUACAUAUGACUUUUCAACUUUGUACAUUAUAUACGACGCAAUUUAUAUUUUAAAUAAAUUGAUUAAUCUUAAAACUGUCCUAGAGAAUAUGUA